GACUCGCUGGGAAGCAACCAAAACUAAUAUUGGAUUUUUUCUCUUCUUCUAAGAGGCAGACUAGCUUUUCUAUUGGCACAGUCUAUAACUAUUUACUGGAGUUUCUAUCUUCAUUUUACAACUGUAAGCCACACUGCAAAUUUACAAUUAAUUACCGAAAGGACCAUGUGUAAUAUAAAACGUCAUCUAUGGACUUGAUUUUUAUUGUGUAUAUUAAUUACAUUUGACAAGGAGCGGCAACAGCUGGAUACAUUUUCGCGAAGGAAAUACUACUUAAUAAGGUUGAUCAUAUAUCUUCAAUAAAUUCAAAUAGACCGUCCGUGUUUUACUUUACCUGUCAUUCGCGUUAAAAAAAAUGGAUCUUAGAAAUACAUCGGUACGUGAAGUUUAAAGAUAAGUGGAUUAAACCAAAUAACAUGCAGUCUUAUCAAUUUGAAAGCCGUGCUAUUUUUGGAUUAAUAAAGUUGAAAAAGAAGUCGGAGGAAUUAAACUAGGAUGUGACCAUAAUGUUAUCAUUGAAAAAAGGAAAUGAAGAGCCAUUUGGAAAUCCUGGACAAACGUAGUAUUGAAUCUAUUAUUUCUCAAAAUCUUGCGGAUUAAACAUGAGAGUAAAACAUGUCGGAUAUCUCAUUAGAAGGAAUUACCAACUUUACAUCAAAAGAACAAGAGUCCAGCAGUCCAUUUCAUAUAUCUGAGUACGUUCAGGUAAUGAUCAUUGUGAUGUACACAAUCGUCAUCUUGAUUGCCAUUGGUGGAAACAGUAUUGUCUGCUAUUUGGUUUACGCCUACAAAAGAAUGCAGACCGUGCCUAACUAUUUCAUUGUCAAUCUUGCCAUCAGCGACAUUAUCAUGGCCUUAUUCUGCAUUCCGUUCACAUUCAUCGCCAACCUGAUUUUGAACUACUGGCCGUUUGGAGAAGCACUCUGUCCUGCAGUUUUAUACAUUCAAACCGUUGCAGUGUUUCUUAGCUCGUACACUCUAGUGGCAAUGAGCAUUGAUAGAUAUAUUGUGAUUGUACACCCAUUUAAACCCCGAAUAUCGGUGAGACAAACGGUGCUGACUAUCCUCGCAAUAUGGCUAGUGUCAUUAACAAUCCCGUUGCCCACCUUUAUCAAGUCAAGGGUCAUAUACCAUUCCAACACCAGCGGCCAAUGUCGGGAAGAAUGGGGAAACAAUACAGAACAGUACACAUACGGUCUUUCUCUAAUGAUUCUACACUACUUUGCACCUCUUGUGCUUCUGCUGUUCUCAUACUCAAGAAUCGGAUACACUAUAUGGAGGAUGAACAUUAACGGCACGGACAAGAAUAAAAGAAAACUCCAGUUGGCAAAAGCAAAAAAGAAGAUGAUUAAGAUGAUGGUCACAGUGGUCAUUUUCUUCGCCUUAUGCUGGCUCCCUUUUCACACAAUUACAUUGAUUGGCGAUAUCAAUCCGACAAUUUACAACAACAGCAUUGUGCCCAUUAUUUGGCUGUGCUUUCAUUGGUUGUCUAUGAGUAACAGUUGCUACAACCCAAUGAUUUACUUGUGGAUGAGCCCGAAGUUUCGGACUGGGUUAAAAAUGGCCCUGAGCAAUUGCAAUCUUCGAAGGAAAUCGAAAACAUCUUCAGAUGAUGAGAUUUAUGAAAAGAUCCAUAUGGUUUUUCCGAGAUUACGACUGGAAAUUCAAAUUGAGGAUAAUGUCAAGAACAAUACAACAUCGCCACGCGGACGUGUUUCAUCUGCCAAUGUAAAGUCGGAUCAGCCAAUGAUACCAAGAAGCAUUCAUAGUGACACGUAACGUUCAUAAAUGUACAUUUGUAUACCAUAUAGUGAAGGCACAUUAUUAUUUCACAUUUUCUGUCGCAUAUAUUAACAUCUUCCAUCCUUUUCACUUUCUAUGAAUGCUUAUAUGCAUAUAUAUCACUUUAUAAAUCGUAAUAUUAUUGCGUUUUAACUUCUACACAUAUUUCAGUUUUUGAUGUCACUUACAAUUUAUUUGUACAAAUAAUAACAACUGAUGGUACGUGGAAAUGAAUAGGAUUUAUCAACUUCCUUGAGUUAUGUUUGUGUAUUUCACCAAUGCAUUGACACCAUUGAGACAAACCAAAACCAUCCAAGCUCAAAUCCAAAAUUCUUGUUGUUUACAUUUUAGCGUAGAUAUGCUCUACUGGCCCCAAUUUCUCGAAACUUCUUAAGUCCCUUCUAACAGGAUUAAGCUAAUCUCUCACUAUUUUUGUUGUCCUAUAAAAUGUGUAAUAUUGACUUCUUCAAGAUUUUUUGGAAAUUAUGUAGGAAUAAUCUGUAUGAUUAUCAGAAUAAACCAUUUUUCACUUAUCAAAAUCCAUUUUCAGUAAGUAUUUUUGUUAACUGAAAUAAGCGACUUAAGCCUGUUAAGCUUAAGAAGUUUCGAUAAAUUGGGGCCUGUUGAUUUGGUAAUGUCUGAAUAUAAAGAUGAAGCGAAAAGACUCAUGUCGAUAUAACUUCAUAAAUAUGCAUUUGUGAGGUUUAUGCAUGAAAGUACCAAAGCUUUCUAUGUUUAAAUGUCACUUUGUACCUUCUGGUAAUUUAUUCCAUACAUUUGCAAAUAUAUCUCCUAACAAAUGCAUGAAUUACCGUUUUACAUUUUGAGAGGCCAUUAAAGCUCUGGUAAAGUUGUAAUGGUCACCGUCGUCAAAUUUAUAACGAAAUGAUUAUCUUUGAUAUCAUUUUUUGUUUUUGAAUAUUUCAUCAAUAUUAUUAUCACCAUAAAAUAUAUCAUCUUGAGAUGUAAAACAAAGUAUGAGCUACAGUUUACCAAUGUGAUAGAAAAUGUAAU